AUGCCAAUUAGCGCUGAACAAGAAGCACUUGAAACGCAGAGGGAUGCGUUGGAAGUGCACAGGUAUGCGGCCUGGGGCCUCAUACCGGAAAAUGCGUACACAAGGAUCAAGAAGUUGAUGGAGGCUCUCCGGGAGGAGUUUGGUGGCCCGGAGAUCGAGCCUCACAUCUCCAUAGUCGGAUCCACCCUAAUGACAGAAGAUGAAGCCAUCGGGGCAUUUAAUGGAGGUUGUAAUGAGGUUGAACAAAUCAGAUGCAAAGUCGAAACCUUGGAGACUAGUAGAUUCUAUUUCCAGUGUGUUUCUCUCGUCAUUGAAAUAACUGACGAUCUGAAAGAGAAAACUCGUUGGUUUGCCGGAUCUUGUAUGCCACAUUUGAGCCUCCUAUAUGGGACUUUGACAGAUGAAGAGAAAAAAAGAGCAAAAGAGAAAGUUCUUGCUAUGGAUCCGACCAUUACUGAACUAGAAUUCAUCAUGAGUCGGGUGGCAUUGUACCAAGUUAACUUUGCAGAUAGAACUCAAAAGUCCUGGGUGAAGCUUCGUGAGGGAAACCUCAAACUCAGCUAA